GUUUCGAUCGGAAAUCAGAUAUGCCAGUCGUGCGCAGGAAAAAAUCUAUGGCCAAGGAGCCGGAAGAAGCUGAGACUCCGGAGGUUCAUUGCAUUUGCCGCGAGUCCAGUACGUUUGGAUUUAUGAUCUGCUGUGACCGCUGCAGCGUGUGGUUCCACGGCGAUUGCAUCGGAUUGACCAAGGACAUCGGCGAUCAGUACGACAAAUACUUCUGCGACAGCUGCAAGCUGGUGAAUCCCCGACUGAAGUGCACCGUCCAGAGCAGCUCUACUCCACCGGUGGCAAGGGAGGAUUCUCCCCCUUGCACAAGCCAAAUGGCAGCCAGGAUGAACUCGUCUGGCAGGCGGAACCCUCGCAGGAGGCCUAUGUGCAGUGCAAGGGCUGCUCAGAGUCUGGAGCAGCUGUGCUCACCGGAAACGUCGCCUUUGAGGAGUCCAGAAGUUGUGCCGAAAACCCCAAGACGCAGAGGAGAGGGAAGAAGGCAGAGAAGGGAUUCCAGGAGGGAAGAACCGGCCAAGGAACCAGCCACGGAACCAGCCAAAAAGAAAGAUCCCAAGCCGGAGGCAGUAGUCUGGAAGGAAGAAGAGGAUCCCAAGCCGGAGGUAGCAGUCAGAAAGGUGGAGCCAUCGGAGGAGAGGGAGGCACCACGCCCGGAGCCGAAAUCAAAGCCAGUCAAACAGACAUCGACGGAUACUCAGUGCAACCUGUUGGAGGAGCUGUUCCAAGCUCCUCGGAACGACUCUAUGAUGGGAAUAUGUUUUUGCUAUCGCAGAGCUCGUCCGCUAUCCAAGUACUGUUCCGAUGAGUGUUGCACCCUCAAGGCAGUAAUGAAUGUCCUCACAAAGUCGCAAAUGCCUCCCGGAUGUGAACCCAAUUUUGCGGGGGGCUUCAGAUUUGGAACCUCCUUCCUCCCUUUCACCCAAUAUUAUUUGCCGGUGGCUAGUGAAAAUUUAAGGACCUCGGCGGUCCUGGAAACCAAGAUAGAACCUGAGCAGAAACCAAAGGAUGGCGAAACCUGUAGAUCGAAUCCGUGCAGAUGUCAUUGUGAGUCAUCGGAGUGUCGGGAAAAAAGUCGGAGCUCAUCUAAAUCGAGAACCCCACGGAAGUCGAGGCAUUCCCGCAGAGCGAGUGUCUAUCGCUCUGACUCUCCGUCUUGCUCGGAAGCUGAGGAUAACCCCUCAAAAAAACCGAAGCUGGAAAAAGAAGAAGCCAGAAGGAAUUCGAGAAAAUCGAGGCAUUCACGUAGAUCGGUUUCAGUUUCGCCAGAGCCACCUAAAUCAAAGAACUCUCCAUCUUCCUCGGAAACUGAAGAUAACCCCUCGAAAAAACCGAAGCUUGAAAAAGAAGAAGCUAGAAGGAAUUCGAGAAAGUCGAGGCAUUCACGUAGAUCGGUUUCAGUUUCGCCAGAGCCACCUAAAUCAAAGAACCACGUUCGCAAAAGCCGAAGAAACACAGUCAGUCACCGAGAGGAAAAAGAGUGUUCUUCUUCCAGGGAGUUACAUAAAAUUUCCUCUAGACGAGCGACCAUAUGUGCGCCGGCAAAGACUACUGAGGUUCGUAGAGAGUCGUCCAAAAGUGACAAGGCUACUCGAAAAUCCCCUAGUCCUGAAAAAUCAAAGAAGAAACCUGAACCGAAAACCACAUCGGUAAAACACUCUGCCAAAAAUACACAAAAAGCUUCCUCAGAUACCACAGCUAGCACUUCCAAAAAGCCAACUACACAACAGACCACCAAACCCCAACAGAAAGCACCCCACAUUAGUGCCCCGGCGACUGUGCAACAACACAGAGAUGCAAACUCCGAGACCGCCAACAAGAAAAAGAAACUAUCUUUCGGCGAGGCGCUAAACCCCGAACCAGAUGUCGACAAAGUGAAGGAGGUGGCCCGCUUGGUCGGCGAGAUGACGCCCACGGAAAGGGCCCGCCUGGUCAGGAACAGGAUGAUGGGGAAGGUGACUCCGAAAGGAGGAGCAGCAGGUGGCUUCCAGAGGGGCAACCCGAAGUAACUUUCGAUCAGGACAUCGUAGAUUACUUAACUAAAACAAUGUGAGGCCCCCCGGCAGCUGAAAUCAAACAACCAUUCAAAAGAAUAAAUCUACGAGAGUGUCACAUUUGUUGACCAACGUAGGUUUCAAUUUUGGCACGUCCCACGGGGCGUAUACGUGAUAUGAACCUUCCAUCAAAUUUCCAUCAGUAAAUGGUUUGGAACUACGGCAGGCACAACGGCCACCUAAGCGCACAUUUGCGACUCUAUUCUGCAUUCGAGAUUUCCGGAUUUCUUUUAAUAUUUUAUUACUGUCCUCGCCACAUCUAUCUUUAAAAAUAAAAAACAAGGGAAAUGAAUUAUUUCGUGUGGCUUUUGGGCCGCACUUUGAUUUGUUUCUUUUUUGCCGAUUUUUCGCACGUUGAGAAAGUUA